AGGAGGGCAGCGGCGGCCGCGGCGACGGAGCUGUCGGCGGCCGCUUCUGGUGACUAGGAGUCGCGACGACGGAGACCACCGAGCCCGCCUCACGAACCGGCGAGUUGAGGGGCGAACCCCAUGGAUAGUCGCCAUGUUUAGAUAUUAGCAAGUGCAUAUGUUUUUGUCUGCAUUUGAAAAUGGCAGAGGGAAACAACAAUGAAGAGGUAAUUCACUUGAACAACUUUCACUGCCACCGGGGACAAGACUGGAUCAGUCUCAGAGAUGGACCCAUCACCAUAUCUGACUCCUCUGACGAGGAAGGGGUUCCAAUGCUGGUCACCCCAGCUCCUCAGCAACGUGACGAAGAGGACCUGGAUGAUGAUGUCAUCUUGACAGAAACAAGUAAACCUCAGACAUCACGACCCAAUUUCAUCAAACCAGCUGCCCAGUGGCAAGAUCUCAAAAGACUGGGAGAAGAAAGGCCUAAAAAGUCUAGAGCAGCCUUUGAAUCAGAUAAAAACGGCUAUUUUUCAGUGUGUAACAGCUCAUUGUUUGAUUCUGGGGCACAGGAUGAUUCUGAGGAUGACUACGGUGAAUUUCUGGAUCUUGAGCCUCCUGGAGUUUCGGAAUUCAUUAAGCCAAGUGGCCAAACAGAGAGAGAACCCAAGCCUGGACCAAGUCAUAAUCAGGCAGCAAAUGACAUUGGUAACCCCAGAACAGAGCAGAAAAUCAUUAUCUUGGAAGAAGGUAGCCUUCUUUUUCCAGAAAGCAAUCCUUUGGAUACUCAGAACCAGUCAUCUGAAGACUCAGAGGCAGAGCUUUCAUCAAACCUCGGAGAAUCGACAUCUAUCCUAGAUGAUCAGACCAUCGAAGAAGACUGCUGGUUAGACCAUACUUACUUCCAGUCUAUAAACCAACAGCCCCAUGAGAUAAGAAACCAGGUUGUUCCUCAGGAGCGGCAGCCUGAAGCAGAACUGGGCCCACUGUUGUAUCAGCAUGAACCUCCAGGGCCGGCUUUUCCAAGGCCAGCUUUUCCAAGACCAGAACCCCAGCAGGAUGGGAUUCCAGGCCCUUCUUCUCCUCAGCCUGCCCAUCCUCUAGGAGAGCUUGAAGACCAACAAUUAGCAAUAGAUGAUGACGAGCCAGGUCCAGCCUUUCCGCUGCAAGGAUCUCAGGAGCCCAAUUUGGAAAACUUUUGGGGGCAAGAAGCUACUGAAGUAGAUCAAGAACUCGUUGCACUAUUAGUGAAAGAAACAGAAGCAAGAUUUCCAGAUGUAGCAAAUGGAUAUAUUGAGGAAAUAAUUCAUUCGAAGAAUUAUUAUGAUUUGAAUGUACUUUGUAAUUUUCUUCUGGAGAAUCCAGAUUAUCCAAAGAGAGAAGAUAGAGUCAUUAUUAACCCCAGUAGCAGCCUGCUUGCCAGCCAAGAUGAGACAAAGUUGCCUAAAAUAGACUUCUUUGACUAUUCUAAAUUGGCUCCUCUUGACCAGCGCUGCUUCGUCCAGGCUGCUGACCUCCUGAUGGCCGACUUCAAGAUGCUCAGCAGUCAGGACAUCAAGUGGGCCCUGCAUGAGCUCAAAGGACACUAUGCAAUCACCCGAAAGGCCUUUUCUGAUGCCAUUAAAAAAUGGCAAGAGCUAUCACCAGAAACCAGUGGAAAAAGAAAAAAGAGAAAAGAAAUGAAUCAGUAUUCUUACAUAGACUUCAAAUUUGAGCAAGGUGACAUAAAAAUAGAAAAGAGGAUGUUCUUUCUGGAAAAUAAGCGGCGACAUUGUAGGUUCUAUGACCGGCGUGCCCUCCUUCCAGCUGUGCAACAAGAGCAGGAGUUCUAUGAGCAGAAAAUCAAAGAGAUGGCAGAGCAUGAAGACUUUUUGCUUGCCCUGCAGAUGAACGAAGAACAGUAUCAAAAGGAUGGCCAGCUGAUUGAGUGCCGCUGCUGCUAUGGGGAAUUUCCAUUUGAGGAGCUGACACAGUGUGCAGAUGCUCACUUGUUUUGCAAGGAGUGUCUCAUCAGAUAUGCCCAAGAGGCGGUCUUUGGAUCUGGAAAGUCAGAGCUCAGCUGCAUGGAAGGCAGCUGCACGUGUUCAUUCCCAACCAGCGAACUGGAGAAGGUGCUUCCCCAGAACAUCCUGUGUAAAUACUAUGAGCGAAAAGCUGAAGAAGAAGUUGCUGCAGCCUAUGCUGAUGAGCUUGUCAGAUGCCCCUCCUGUAGCUUUCCUGCUCUGUUGGACAGUGAUGUGAAGAGGUUCAGUUGUCCCAAUCCUCGCUGCCGAAAGGAAACCUGUAGGAAGUGUCAGGGACUCUGGAAAGAACACAAUGGCCUCACCUGUGAAGAGCUGGCUGAAAAAGAUGACAUCAAGUACCGAACAUCUAUUGAAGAAAAAAUGACUGCUGCUCGCAUUAGAAAAUGCCACAAGUGUGGGACUGGCCUUAUCAAAUCUGAAGGGUGCAACCGCAUGUCUUGCCGCUGCGGUGCGCAAAUGUGCUACCUCUGUCGAGUAUCUAUCAAUGGAUAUGACCAUUUCUGCCAGCAUCCUCGCUCACCUGGAGCACCUUGCCAGGAGUGUUCAAGAUGCUCUCUGUGGACCGACCCCACUGAAGAUGACGAGAAGCUGAUUGAGGAAAUCCAGAAGGAGGCUGAAGAAGAACAGAAACGAAAGAAUGGAGAGAACACCUUCAAACGCAUUGGGCCUCCCUUGGAGAAGCCUCCAGAAAAAGUCCAGAGGAUUGAAGCCCUACCAAGGCCCGUCCCACAGAACCUGCACCAGCCACAGAUUCCUCACCCCUAUGCCUUUGUGCACCCACCCUUUCCCCUGCCACCUGUCCGGCCCAUGUUCAACAACUUCGCCCUCAACAUGGGCCCCAUCCCAGCACCCUACGUGCCCCCUCUGCCCAACGUGCGUGUCAACUAUGACUUCGCCCCCGUCCACGUACCACUAGAGCACAACCUGCCUAUGCACUUUGGCCCACAGCCGCGGCAUCGCUUCUGACAGCUGGGAGCCCCAUGAGCAGCCCUCAGCCUGUGCAGGGCGGGGGUUAGAUAGAUACCCCUUUGCCCCCAAGACUGAUGGCUCUGGUCAUGCCUUCUGAGUAGGGAUGAUGGACUUGGCUCUCAGGAGGCUGGCUUUCUUCCCACUCCUUCCUGGGAAGGGCUACUGCCCCUUGAAGAGUGGCCAGAAGGCUGGUGCCCUCUGGAUGCCUGUAAUUGAUCGGGCACUCACUGGGCCAGAGAUAAGAGGGCAGCAAAGCCCUCUUCCUGAAUAGGUCUGCCGUCCUAGCAGCCAAUGCAGUGGCCCUGGCCACAAGGUAGCCCGUCUCUGCCCUGUCACUCAUGUCCUUGCAGAAAGAGACAAAGGGCAAUGUUUGCCUCCAUCUCCUCCCCCCGCAGAAGAAUAGACAAUAGAAGUCUCUCAGUUAGAAACCACGUAGGCCUUCCUUACUGCAGCACACUGUGAUCCAUAAUAAAGCUGAAGUCACAGUGCAGUUUGGAGAGAGCUGAGAGAUCUGAACUGUGUGAAGAAGGCCGGGUUCUUUUGCUACACGCUCCCACUGAGGCCCACCUAGAGUGAGGCACACCCUCCUGCUCCAAGCUGGGGCUGUGUCUCUUGUUGAGGGGUUCAGGGCCCUACUGUCAUUCACGUCUUGCCCUGAGGGGCCAGCCCCUCACAAAGGCUCAAGGUUUGGUCCAAGCAAAGAGGUGACAGAGCGAUGUCCGUGGGCUUGGGAGCAUCACUCAGGGUGGGAAGGCUGAGGACCAUGUCCCCGAAGUCCAGAACCCCAGGCCACCACCGUGGUGACCACUCUGGGAUCUCUCUCCUCUUCCCUCUUGGCCCACUCUGAUGAGAUAGCAGAGUCAUCUCAUGCUAUGGGUUCUGUUUUUAGUUUAUCUAAAACGUUUGCUGUUUACUCACUUUGAACUUACCCAGUUUUCCAUGGCCUACUAGAGUUUCUCUCUCUCAGUCUCUGGAAAGUCAAAGAAAUCUCUUACCCCACACCAGGCAGCUGAUGAGGGUGAGAUGGUUCUGAAACUUUGGCCAAAUAAAAGAUACUUUUCAGGUAGCUGUGACAGGCCUGGUGGCUGUCCCAGGCAGCCUGACUGUCAGGAGCCUUCUUUGCACCAGCCAGGUUAUGAACAGCUUCUACCCUAAGGUAUGAUGGGCGCAUUGAGUCCCUAGGGGGACAGAUGACCCAGAUGGCACUCGGCACCCACCCGAGGAGCUGCCCUACUGGGUGCUCUGCAGGCCGGGCAGCUGCCUUGUCCUGAGUCAGGUGAGUCCCACUCUGGGUCUCUCUGGGGGUCUCUGCGGUGUUCCCUCUCAACUUUUCCUGUCCAGCACCAGCCAGGGUGUUUGAGCUACACCUGGGGCUUUGUCCUGCCCCCAGCUGCCCACUCUGCAGGACUUCCCACUCCGGCCUGUGCACAGAGCCCAAGCCUACGAGGCUUGUUGACCUCUGUUCCUUUUGUGCUAUCUCUGAUGGCUGUGGGGUCCCAGAAGGUCAGAGCACACACGCACAGACUUCAGAGAGGAGGGUGAGCCUGACGCCAGUUCCCUGACGCUGUGUCCUGCCCUCCUGUAGCCAGAGGCCUGUACCUCCCAGGCUGACCACCACCGUGGGCACCACACCCUGGCGUUGAGCAUCGCCAUGCAUGGUCACUCGCUGCCAUCAGCUUCUCAUAUAUUUCAGGGAUUAAAAUGGCUGGGAGGAGUAGUCUGCUAAACUGCCCAUUCUUGCUGUCUUUCCUCCGAGUGAGGUUUUUGCAGACUAGGGAUCACCUGGGCACAGGGUGGGGCCCACGAGGAGAGGCCUGUGCCAGAUCUCUGCUGCCAGGAGCCUCUCCCUGUUGGGCUGCCUGCACCUCACUGCUGACCUCAGUGCAGUGUCUUGUGGGUACCCUGCAGGGCACAGUGACAGGCUUUCCUUACCCUCAAAGCAUGUUCCAUGCUUCCCCAAGAGAGGGUCUUGGAGAGCGGUGAGCCACCAGCAAUUGUUUCACCAGAUGGAGAGGGUGACCCCAGGUGCUGUCCACUUGCGUCAGGACAUGUGGGACCUCCUAGGUCUGAACCUGUUCAUCAUCCGACCAAGGAACCAGGUUCCACCUCUGCCCUGUGGCCAGGGUAUGUGGCUCCAUGGAGGGCCUGGGACAGCUGUAAAGACAGACCCCGAGUAGGCAGCGUGCCCCUGAUACUGCUAUCCAUCAAGUCCCCUAGGACCUGGCAUUCAAAGGUCCCGCCUGGUAUGUGGUAGGAAGGAGACCAGAGUGAUGGUUCCCCUGAAGGCCAAACUGAGGACUUGUCCUUUGUCAUCAGUUCUGGCUGUUUCUGGCCACACACAGCUGCUAGGGAACUGCUCCUGCUUUUCUGAACCAGGGCAUUUGAUUUCUAAUGUUCCUCCUCGAGCCGGACUGUGGGGCACCUCAGAGGUCUGCAGAAGUAGCAGUCAUCGAUCGUCAUUGCCUCGAGUUCUGACCCUAGCACCAGUCCCCACACAUCUAUGAAAUGACUCUCCAGGCACCUGAGUGACCCUGAGGCAGGACCUGGACCCUGGGCCCCUCGAGAAGCAGUCUGUCCCAGUGAUGCCCGCAGAGGUCAGCCCCCGUCUGGGGGACACAGCAGGAGUCCUAGAGGCAGGCUCGCAUCUUCCCCUCUCUGGGCCACAGUGCUUGCUCCUCGGAGCGAGAGACUGCCCAGCAGUAGUCCCAUUCUACUUGCCUUAAAACUGGAGAGAGGAGUCUAGUAUUUGCACUUAGCAAAAGAUUUAAAAACUUUAAAAAAAAAAUGCAUGAUGUGUCGCGCUUUGUAUAAAAAUAGCAAAAUGAUUAUUAAAUUUUUUUCUUUACCUUCUGGUAGUAAAAAUACAUAAAAUAAUUCCAUUUAAACUGCUGUGUGUAAAAAGCCUGUAUCAUAUGUAACUUGGACUUUUUGUAAAUAAACGUUUGUGCGCUCU